GCUGGAGAGCAGCAGAGAAAACAGUCGUCAGAAGCGCUCUCUCGUCUCUCUCGCUCAGCUCCGCCCUCUCUCUCGCUCUCUGUGCUAUGGAGCCGAUACUCCGAUAUUGAGACAGAUACGCCAAAGUAUCGGCCGAAAUGACGAAGUACCACCGCAAUGCCGUCGGAUCUGUGGCCCUCGACCGCCCCGCCGGCGGGAACUUCCGCCUCUGGCCGGCUUUCUCCACCGCCACAUUCCGGCGGAGGAUCAUCGACACCAUGCGAUGCGGCGUCUCCCGCCACCGCCGCGACGAGGAACCGGAGGUAGCGAAUUCGCCGGAGAAGCAGCCGAAGAAACCGGAUUCCAGGCGUAAUGCCGCCGGAUCGGAGCGGUUGUCCGAGUUGCUGAGCUCGGAGGCUCGUGAGUCGGCGACGGACGAGUCGGAAGCGGAGAUGAGGCGGAAGAUGGAGGCUUUUGAAGGGAUGCAGAGCGUUGUGAAGAGAUUGCAGGGCGGAGGAGAGGAGAGAGAGGCGGCGAUGGAUGUGAGGAGGCUUGCGAAGGAGGAUUCGGAGGCGAGGGUUACGCUUGCAAUGCUCGGAGCGAUUCCGCCUCUUGUAGGGAUGCUUGACUCGGACGAUCCCGAGUUUCAGAUCGCCGCUUUGUACGCGCUUCUGAAUCUGGGAAUCGGCAACGACAUGAACAAAGCGGCCAUUGUCAAAGCUGGUGCCCUUCACAAGAUGCUGAAGCUCAUCGAUUCCCCUUCCAAAUCUCCUUCAGUUUCUGAAGCGAUCGUCGCGAAUUUUCUAGGUCUGAGUGCCCUCGAUUCGAAUAAGCCCAUCAUCGGUGCCUCCGGCGCGGUCCGCUUUCUCUCCGGCGUCCUCCGAAGCUCCAACAGCACCAGCAGCUCCCAAUCGAAGCAGGAUUCCCUCCGAGCCUUAUUCAACCUCUCCAUCUCCCCUUCCAACAUCCCAUACAUGCUCGAAUCCGAUCUCGUUCCGUUCUUUCUCAAUGCCCUUGGCGACAUGGACAUCAGCGAACGGAUCCUCUCAAUCCUUAGCAAUAUAGUCUCUACAUCUGAGGGCCGAAGAUCCGUCAGCAAUUCUCCCGAUGCAUACCAAAUCCUGAUCGACGUGCUGAAUUGGACAGACUCGCCAGGGUGUCAAGAAAAGGCGGCGUAUGUGCUGAUGGUGAUGGCCCACAAGGUGUUUGGCGAUCGGCAGGCGAUGAUCGAAGCAGGGGUCGUGUCGUCACUCCUCGAAUUGACACUGCUGGGAAGCACUCUGGCGCAGAAGCGGGCAUCGAGGAUUUUGGAGUGUUUGAGAGUGGAUAAAGGGAAGCAGGUUUCGGAGGGGUACGGAGGAUCGGGAGCACCCGUCUCGGCGCCGAUCUGUGGGGCAUCAUCAUCGUCGGCAGCAGUUGCAGCUGCUAUGAAAAGGGGGCUGUUGAAGGAUGGUGAGGCGGAAGAGGAGGAGAUGAUGAUGAGUGAGGAGAGGAGGGCUGUGAAGCAGCUGGUGCAGCAGAGCUUGCAAAAUAACAUGAAGAGGAUCGUGAAGCGGGCCAAUCUGCCGCAGGAUUUCGCACCGUCGGAUCAUUUCAAGUCGCUGACAGCGAGCUCCACGUCGAAGAGCUUGCCGUUGUGAGGAUGGAGCUGCGUAACGGGGCGAGAGAGAGAAAUGGAUGGUUAGUCUUCCUAAUCACGACCUUGCUCGAGCGACACUCACACCUGUCUGGUGGGUCCCACAUGGAUGCAAUGCGGCUGUUGGGCCAUUUUCCGAACAACGAUCAGCAUCCGUGUACUAGGCUGGUUGAGUGCCAUGGAUUGGAUGGCUUGGAUUAUCAAUCGGCGUGAAUUUGGAGCACAUUAUCUUUUGAUUAUACGAAAUGCAGCCAUAUGGGUCCCACCGAGCGACGGAUGGAUGGGAGUCGCUCCAUCAUCUUCUUCGCUUUCAGGAAAUUCUUUUGUUCUUGGGAAAAGGUGAAUUAAAAGUAAGUAAAAAAAUACAGUUUUGGUCUU